AUGCUGCUCAGCGCUUUCCUGGCACUAACUUUUUCACUGCUCGCGACUGCAGGUGACGACGGUGGCUUGACUGGGCCUACAAGCAGCACAGAAGCGGCAGGCUACUCCUGCGACCCGGCAAAGUGCAAGCUGCCGAAAUGCAAUUGCGCGAGCACCAGUCCGCCCGGAGGACUCGAUCCGAAAGACGUUCCGAUGUUCGUCAUCUUCACCGCCGACGACGCCGUCCAGUCAUACACGCUUGACGCCGUCAACCAGUUCCUCGCGCAGCGCAGUAACCCAAAUGGCUGCCGGCCCAAGAUGACAUACUUCACGUCGCUCAACUACACCAACUACACACUUGUCACCGACUGGUAUGUUGCCGGCAACGAGAUCGCCGACCACACGAUGACACACGUUGGAGACCCGUCUGAGGCAGAGAUCAACGGGAAUCUUGUCGCGCUCAACUCCCUAGCGGGCAUUCCGUAUACCGCUAUUCAAGGCUUCCGCGCACCAUACCUCAAUUACUCGGUCGACACGCUGAAGCUGCUCGCCAAAGCAGGGUUCACAUAUGAUUCGUCCGCCUCCGCCUCCAUCCCCGUGGUCGAAAAAGGGACGGACGCGUUCUGGCCUUACACGCUCGACAACGGCAUGGCAAACGACUGCCUCCAGGUCCAAGGCUCCUGCAAAGGCCAGCCCGUCCUUCCAGGCUUUUGGGAGAUCCCCAUGUAUGCCUUUUUCGACAACAAGGGGCCCGCCGGCCCACACCUCAUGGACCCCUGGCUGGACUUCGCCAACGGGGCCUCCAAAAUCAACGAUUCAGCCACCCUUGAAUACAUGAAGAAUACUUUUACCGCUCAUUACGACAGAAACCGCCAACCCAUCGGGCUAUACCCCGCAGCCGCGAUCGUGAUUCGUAAUCUCGCUGAGUCAGAUCAAAAGCAGCGCAAAGAGGUUUUUCUGUCCCUCACGACCGUCUCAGCCCCGCGCUACCGUGGCGCAGCCAUAGCCUCCGUCUCCCUCAUAGCCUUGCCUGUCGCUACCACAGCCCGGGCCGUUGUAACCACAGCCGCCACCUGUUUCCACCACAGCCUGCCGUUCCCAUGGCUGGUGACCAAGUGCGUUGUCUGGAUCGUAUCUAAUGAGCAGCUGCUCGCCUGGGUGCAGAACCCCGUUCCGGUGUCCCAACUUGAUUCCGUUCCGGCCCUAAAGUGCGCUGCGUCCAAGAUCGAUCCCGGAGCCAAGAUCUGCAGCGGCAUCCCCGGGAACGAGGCCGGCCUCCUCAGCCACUGCGAGUUCCCGGACUUCCCCUUCUACACCUGUUACGGCUGCCCGCAGAUCAUGCCCACGCCAGACAACCCAAAUCCACCGCAACGUGUCCCUGAUGGCCAGCCCGCCCGACAGCGAGUGCCCGCAAACUGUUCUACGCCCUUCUGGGACCCGAUCGCGGGCAAAUGCACCUGCUCCGCGGCGGACUGUCGGUUCAGCGACAUCUCCCGCCCCAUCGGUCCUAAUGGCGCGAACCUUACCGGCGGUGGGGCAGGCGGCUCGCCCGGUACCGCUACGGGCUCUUCGCCGACACCGUCGUUUGUACCUUUCAACGGGAACAGCGGGAGCCGGAGUCUUCGUCCUGCUUUAUGGGCGGCACCAUUUGCGAUCAUGGUCCUAAUCGGUGCAACCUAUGGCGUAUUCCAAGUUGUGUAA